CACUUUCCAGAAUUGGCAAGUGAUGCAGAGAGGCGCGAAGAAGGGAGAAGACUCUCGCCCGUUAAGAGCGAGCUGGAAGAACCGCGACUGCACAGAGGGGGGAAGGGUGGGGAGCAGUCCCGCACAUCGAGCGGAAGGGGGAGGUGACGAAGACACCCAGCUAACAAGCUGGAAGGGACUCGCGCAUGAUCCCUUCCGCUCCUCUUGCGCUUCCGCGCACAUUGAGCGCAAACGAUCGAUGUGCACGGAUCUAUGGUGGAGAUGGAGGUGGAUGAAGAUUGCACUGGUCGAAGUGGCGGAAAUCCGUUGGAGGAGGAUGAAGGCGACGGACUCAUUUUAUGUCUGUUGCAGAGACUAUCGGAACAAGAGCAGUCCGUGGGAGGAAUGGUGAAAGCCUUGAAUGCACUCUCUUCGGUGAGCUUGGAGACACGUGUCAAGCACAACAAUAAAGUCUUGCAGGCGUUGAUUGAAUGCUGGGCAACAUGCAAUGCACGUGUCAACGGUGUGAGUAUCGAGGAAGAGCUUGGGUUGCGGGAUUCGAUUCUUCGGAAUGCAUCCUUCAAGGUCUUGGAAUUUGCGGCGGAGCUGGGGGCUCACCAACUUUACGCGAGACUUGGAGAAGAGGUUUGUUUAUGGUCUGCCAAUGCGAUUACGGAAUAUGUGGAUGGACGCAGUGGAGGAGCCCUCGAGGCAUAUUGUCAGGUCCAACGAUCAGUUGUCAACUUUGUUGCUGCCAUCAUAUGCUGUGCAACUCAGUUAUAUGGUGAUGGGAAGGGUGAAGUGGUUGGAUACAUAGAACCUGUCAUACCAGCUACGUUCAAGCUUGCGCGAAACAUCCUUUUCCCUUCAGAGGCUUGCAGGGUGUCGUAUCCGGCAGACUUUCCAAAGCUAGCACAAGGACUGGUCGGCGCUGCUGUGAAACUGGUAUUAGCUGUUCGGCAGGCAAUUCGUUCGUGUGUCAAUGUUUCCGCGCCAGAUAAUGCAGCAAGAUCCAUGGAUGGUGGCAGCUCCGGACUGGGUAAUGGACAAGAAGAGGGAGGGCAAGGUUUGGGAGGAAGAGGUGCAGGUGCUCCUCUCAGAGGGAAGCUUGAGGCGAUUUCAUCUUGCUCUCUUCCAGACGUCAGAGUCGUUGCAACAACCUGCUAUGCGCUCUUUGAAAUGGCAACAGCGUCCUCCCGUCAAAAGAGUCUGAAUUUCGCCAUCGCCAACCUCACGUGGAAAGGCUUGGUUAGUCUCCUGCAGGACAGGGAAGGGAGAGCUGUUAUCGCACAAGUGGUGGAUAUCCCGGAGAUCAUCAACACCCUGAUCUCCCUCAUGGUGGAAGCGUUUCAAACUGCCCUCCGUGCCUGGAUUGCAGAGAACCAACAGGCAAAGGCCGAUUCUGGCAAUCCAGAUGAUCAGCAACAGCAGCGGAAGCAGGCAUGUGGCGGUCCUACAGAGAAAGAUCUGGAAAGGAGCAAGAAACGCUGUAUUCCUAUCAAGUUUUUCCUGCUCAAUCUUAUGCGAAUCUGCUGCACAUAUCCAAGUGAGGCAAUGAGUGGAACCUCUGGGAAGGAGAUAAUCUCUUAUGUCGUCCAGGUUUCAGCAGUGAUCUUGGUUCAACCGGCAGCUGGGCACUGUCUUCUUCCCAGCGCCGCGGUUUUGGCUCUCACAGAGCUCGUGGGCCCCAUCCUCUUUGGACUCCUCCGUGCAAUGCUUACUUGUAAUGGUGUGGCUGCGGACGCGAAGGUCACGUUGAUUCGAUACUUAUGUGACUCCGAGGACGAUGAACCCUCGCUCGCCCUAGCAUCUUUACAUUCCCUGUCGUCUUUGCCCUCUUCGUUUGACGAUGCCAUACUUUCGUCAAAAGGAGAAAACAGACAACGACCACCGAAUGAGGUCAUUCUCUCUGGCCGUCUGGCAACAAUGGUUGUUGUGAUGCAAUGCGCCGCGGAGUUUGAAAUGGGUGUGCUCAUGGAGCUGGUCAGGAAGCUUGACUGGGUACUCGAAUGUGUGCAGAGGACCAUGGUUUUCAACCUUACUAUGUCAAAAAGUUCUCUUCCUCAGGAAGGGGAACAGGGGCGUGGACCCAAGAGCUCUACAGGUCCAGUGCCCGUCAAAUCUGCAUCGGAAGUCCCUCUGUAUUCACGUCUCGUGAAUGCUGUGGCCGUUUUGGCUGCUGUGAUUGGGUCUUCAGAAGAUGCUGACAGUGCGUCCACCAUGGAAUCUGGGGGCAGCAGUUUCGGCGAACUCCCUGCGCAGCUGGAGUGCUUUCUGUUUGCAAAUGCGAUGCAUCCCAAUCCUCUGUGCGCUGACCUUGUGCUUCGUGUAUGGUGUUUCAUUCUGCAACACAGCUCGGACGACGGCUCUCGGGCGCAGAUUCAGUUGCUUAUUUCCCUCCUCAGGGAGUGCAUCCUUGGUCUCGACUUUCAUACAGUUGGAUUCAACGCUAUGGACAGUGUGCAUACGAUUGCAAGGUUGAUUGUGGCACUGCUUCAGUCUGUUUCAGAGAGUGUUACAAACUCCAUUCUCGACGAUCUUCUGUUGGUCGUCGAUCCGUCAUUAUUGGCGAAACCGGAAUUCAUAGCUUCUCUUGCUGUCUUGCUAAGCUGGGGCCUUAAUGUGAAUGAAUUUCGGAACUCCAGCGGAGAGAGUUUUGCCUCCAUUGUCUUGAAGAAAUAUGGCACCUUGUCCUUGCAGAUUGCGAGGUCGAUAGCCUCGGCAAUGACUGCGGGCAUCAUGGACAUUGCUACGCUCCACUCGACUCUCUGCUGCAUGAGUUUUCUUUUGAUUGGGAAUAGGACAGAGGACCUUGCUGCUGAGCGGGAGAUUGCCUGUGAGAUUGCAAUUGAAGUUCUGAAGGCAGCAGCAAGAGAUGAUCUGCGCCCACGAACGGUCCUUUCUCUUCUGUUACCUCCAGCCUUGCAGGUUUUGAAACUGUCGUGGUCGAGUUUGACUCAAGAUCGGGCCCUGUCUGUCCUCCAUUGUCUUCUAGCAGCAGCUCAUCGGCUUGGACCAGUGAAGCAUGGGCCUAAGGCUGCAGAGAUGGCAUUUCAUGCGGUGUUAGCAGAGUUCCUGGCUGUGCUAUCGACAGGAUGUGACACAUUUGAUACUGAAAUGUGGGGGGUCGUUCAUCGUCUCUUCCAUGUUGCGUUGCGCGAGACACACAGUGCGCUUGUUUUUAGCGGUCUGGUAUCGUUUGAGAAGUUCGGUAGCAAUCUCUCAAUGGAUGACCUGUGGAAGUUUGUGCCGCCAGAUGCUGCCGCUGGGAGGAUGCUGAUUGCUGAUGUUGGCAUGGAUGUAUCGCAUACCAAACCAAGCGGGCCAAAGGAUUUCCCACCCACGCAGGUGGCAUUCAUGAAAGCCCUUGGGCAAGUCAUCGAAGACCGGGAAUCGGGCAUCAUUGUGAGAAAUGACGAGGAAGAUUUUGACUUGAUGAGGCGGGAGACAGACGUGCUGUGUGCUUUGCCAAGAUCGCAGUCAACAGCGUUAAGCAUGCAACUUGGUAUUCCUGAUCCUGCCUUUCAGGAAAGAAGCGGCAUCACAGCCGUUGAUGGUCGAGAUCUGUCCGGUGCAGCAGCUGAGGAGAAAGUCCGUGAAGGAUUCACACUGGUUCGUUCAGGACUCAACCUUCUUGAACAGGCCCUUCCAUCAUUGCGCAAGCGCGGAAAUGACCCGGCCGUGUCAUGGGAAUGGAUUAGCAGUUCGCUAGAUGAGCUGAGACUGAUUGUCGACAUGAAAGUUUUCCAGAAUUCUUCAUCGACGGGGACAGGAAAGUCUUCACUAGAUAUGGAUGAAGGCUGAAUCUUUUAAGUGCUGGCAGGAUCUCAUUGCCUUCUUCGUUGGUGUGCUGUUCUCCCUCCUCUUUUCGCCCUGAAUUGUCAUGUGCUUGUAUAGUCUUCUCUCAGCCCAAACGACAGCGCAUCUCAAUCUUUUCAUUUGUUGGCCAAGUCGUGUGUAGCAGCUAUAUACUUGGUCAGAAUUUGUAAAAAGGUGGCGGCACAAUUUUUCUCUCUCCCAUUGUGGUUUCUAAAGAUGUGCUUUCAUUGUAUCACGCAGGAAGCGGGGAUAUUGCGCUUGGAACUU